AAUCAGUCAAUUGACCUAUCAGUUUCACCACCAACAAAACAAGCAAGGUUUUUGCAGCCCGUGUAGUUGAGAUCAGUAAAUUGGGCCGGCCCAUUAAGGCGGCGUUAUACAUAACAAACCCUAGUCUUUCGAUAACUGACGGCUGCACUUGCAGGAAACCGAAUCACACUUUCCAGUGCUCCUCUCUCCGCCCUCAGCCAUGGUGAACGUUCCAAAAACUAAGAAAACUUACUGCAAGUCAAAGGAAUGCAAAAAGCACACCUUGCACAAGGUCACCCAAUACAAGAAGGGGAAGGAUAGCUUAGCUGCUCAGGGUAAGCGCCGUUAUGACAGGAAGCAGUCAGGUUAUGGUGGUCAGACCAAGCCUGUCUUCCACAAGAAGGCUAAAACGACGAAGAAGAUUGUGCUGAGGCUGCAAUGCCAGGGUUGCAAACAUGUCUCCCAACACCCAAUCAAGAGGUGCAAGCACUUUGAAAUUGGUGGAGAUAAGAAGGGCAAAGGAACAUCGCUUUUUUAAGCUUAUUGUUUUGGAAAGUUUCUUGUGUUUUCUUCCUUGUUCUGUCGCGUCUGUCGACUUAACAUUUUGCUUGGCUGCUCUAGCUAAACUUUAGAUUAAUUAUGAGACAUGGUUAUGAGUUUUGUUUUGCAACAAGCUAUACUCAUCAGUUUAUUAUCACAAGUUUUAUUCUGUGGCU